AUGGAGCCCAUCGCUAAACGCCUUAAGCAGUCCGCCGAGAGCGCUCUGCAGACCAAGAAGAAACAAGAGGAGGAGGAUAUCGCAGAGCGUAUCAAACGACUCGAAGCAGAGCUCCAAAGUAGAGGCGAUGACUCCAGCGACUCAGACUCAGAGACCGAUUCGGACUCGGAUUCGGAUUCCGACAUUGACCAGGCCAAGGUGGUGGUAAAUCUGUCUGCCUAUGCCUCGGAGCGCAUCGAGUCGCUACCUGAGAACAUGCUACCUGCUGCAAGACCCUCGUCGAAUCUACCGCCAGCUAAGAAGAAACGCAAGAAAUCGCAGCAGGAGGAGAACGAACGGGCAGCCAGUAAGGCACUGGAACAGCUGGGCGACGCGCUCACGUUUCCUAAGAAGGUUCCGUUCGCCUGCAAGCCAUGCAAGUUCAUUGGCAAAGAUUUAGAAGACUUUCAGACCCACCGAGCAUCCAAUGAUCACUUGGAGCGUGUACAAACUGGAGACAAAACCUUACACUGCGUUCUGUGCAAUAAAUCGUUCACGAGCCCCGCUCAGCUCGACGAACACCGUGCUGGAAAGUGGCACAAGCAGCGGGCGCAGCAGAAGAAGGCUCGGCAUACCGUUAAGGUUUGCUAUGACUUUAUGCGUGGAGAGUGCAGAUGGGGUGAUCGCUGCAACUUUGAGCAUACCAAGACCAAAGCUAUGAAGUGUGGACGUGCACUCGACAAGACCCGUAGACGUGUUUGCGAUAACUUCGCGCGUACCAAGAACUGCCGCUUCGGUGACAAGUGUCUGUUCUCGCAUGACACGAAGCAAUAA